AUGGCAUCAUAUGGGGCCCGAUACCAUUCAGAUUUGACAAUAAAUGGCUCAAGAUGGAUAGAUUCAAGGAGUAUGGUAGAAACGUUUUGGAAUAGUAUGCAGAUAAGGAGAAUUGCAAGCUUUAAGCUUGCCUCCGAACUUAAGGCGCUACAGAAUAAGAUAAAAAAGUGGACCAAGGAGUUUGGGGAUAAAUUAGAGGAGAGCACUCGGCCUUAUAUUAGUGAGCUUGCUAAACUGGACAUGAGGGAGAUGGAGGGGCCUUUGUGCGUAGGGGAUAGAGAUAGACGAGAUGUAGUAAGAAAAGGGGUGGCCUACAACAUGAAUUUAGAAACAAUAUCAUGUAGGCAAAAGGCUAAGGAGAAGUGGCUUAAAAAAGGUGACCAUAACACUAAGUAUUUCCACUGCUUUGCUAAUUAUAGAAGGAAAUGCAAUUACUUAGAGGAGAUAAACAUUAAUAGUGUGGUGAUCAGAGGCAACUCAGAAAUAAGGGACAAAGGCAAGGAUUACUUUCAGCAACUGUACGAAGAGAAUGAGAGAUGCAGACCUAUGCUGCACAAUCUGGACUUUAAGCAGAUUAGGGCCAAUAGUCGUGAGGGGAUUGAGAAAAGAUUUACUGAGGAAGAGGUGGUUGGUUGUGUUAUGGACUAUAAUGGUGGUAAGGCUUUGGGUCCCGACAGGUUCAAUACGAAAUUUGUACAAGCGUUUUGA